UAUAAAAGUGCUGCAGCUGGGUGGCUUGCCUACAUCGAAACACCAUCAAGACAACAUGAAGGUCAUGCUGUUCACAACAUUGCUCCUGCUGCUGUGUAGCACUCAAGUGCUCACACUCAGGUGCUUCUCCUACUCGUGCGGCGAUGGAAAUAUGUGUGACAACUGGGUGAAUUGCGAGGAAAACCAAAUAUUCUGCAAGACCGUCGGCUCAGGAAAUCAACUUACCAAAAGCUGCGCAGCAGAGUGCAAAGAAGACUUUGAGACUUCUUGCUGUCAAUCGGACCUGUGCUGAACAUGGAGCGUCGUCAUCUUCUGAUUGGAAACAUGAAAAUGCAAAAAAGUCUAAUGAGGGUCAACAAUUAAUUGUUGUUUCACUAAUCGUCAUGUUUCAUUGAUAUAUUAACGGGCUUCACUAUAAAACUCGCUGGUUCAAGAGCUGUGAUUUAUUUUGCACGCACACACACACACACACACUAAUCUCUUCCUCAUAUUGCUUAUAGUGUCAUUGAGUUUUAUGUGGGUCACUGUCUGUCAUUGCUGCAAUGCUGUAGUCAAACCAAUGUCAAUAAAAAGACAUCCUCUAAUUU